AUGCAACCUACGAGAACAAUCGAUAAUAAAACACGGGAAUUGUUAAAUUAUUCAAAACAAUGCGCGUACAAAGCUCUCAAGCAUUUGACGUUGGACAAAAAUUUAAAUUUCAAGCCCGAAUUGUGGGAGGAGACGUCGAAGAGAUCGCGCGCUUCUUCCACCGAUAGAUCGAUAAUAGAUACAGACGACAAGUCAGACGCGGUCGAGAGCGAAAGUCCCGAAUCCGGAACUCGCAGCCCGGAGUCUCCUUUCUUUCGCGAAAUGCAGAGGAGAUUGAGAAAAACCUGGGCUCCGAAUAUCGGGAAGGAAGGCAUACGGUAUAAGCUCUUCGGAUCGAGCUCCGCUAGGUUCUCGAUGAUACCCGCGAAAUCCUUGGCGAGGUCCGGCUUCAGCACAAAAUUCGGCAGAUACGAAAUCAGGGAAAGUCGGUCGGCGAACGUUUUAAGUGCUAUACCAAAGGUGUCGUGCUUUCAACGCAGGAACCGCGAUAGAUGCUUAUCCUGCAUGCAUAAAUCCCUGCGGGAGACGGACGAAGUCGACAAAGCUGCCUCCUCGCGAACGACAUCGCUGACGGAAAUUGAAGCGAGAGACGACAGCGAGUCCAGUUCCGACGAACUUCCGGAAUUUUGCGAGGAAUUACGAAAGAUGUCCCAAAGAAAAAAAAUUCCGAGAUAUUUGGACAAAAUUGAGACUGCGUCGGACAAAUCGACAUCCUCGUCGCACCCGAUGGAACAAGAAGACACCUCGAUGUCGACAAAGGUCGAAUCGAAUCAAUCUAAGGCUAAAACAGCAAAACCCGCCGAAAGUUUGCUGUCCAAGAGUCCAAAGAGCUUGAAGGCCAUUUCCAUUUCAAUGUCAGUAUCGUCAGAACCGUCGAAAAUUUCGUCCUCGCACACCUCGGACGACGAGACGUCGUCUCCGUUGGCGUUGGACGACGAUCCGUCGCGAUACAAAAAUAUGGCGCCCUGUCACUUGCCUACAAUUUUCGUGCCGAAUAUGGAACCUCUACGAGCCUUGAGACACAGAAAACCGACUACCAUGGAAUCGCGAAUCGCUUUCAUGGAGAGUACGGUGAUAACGAAAGAGAAAUCUGACGACGAGUAUGACGACGCGAAACCUGCGGCCUCGAAAACAUCGACGGAAAAAUUGCGGUCGAAACAGACCGACGAAAAGCCUGAAAGAAGACUCGGUGAGGAAAAGGAUAUGCUUUUAAAAAAGAGUCCGAGAACCCUCUUGAAAGUUAAGUCAGAGCAGCAGCUGGUGAUACCGUCGAUCGUAAAAUCUGCGCGAAAGGACGAACUAAAGAGAGGAUACAGUUGCGCAAGCAUCGAGGAUUUAUCGAAGGAUUCUGCGAGAGGUACGUUCGAGAUUUCUCGAGGCGAGGCGGAAGAUGGGCGAGGAGAAGUAAUCUCUUCGGCGGAGAUAGAUUCCGCGGAAGAAUCGGCCUUCUCCGACUCGGGAAAACGGGCGGAAUUGCCGCUGUCGACGGUCGCCGAAAUUUCGCAAUUUCUCGAGAAAGCGAGUCGAAAAAAAGACGCGUCGCUCGCGAGGAUGUUGGAGGAUCUGGCGAGCGAAUUCGCGUCGCGAUUGAUAAAACAACACGAGCACGCCGGCGCAGUAGCGUUAAUGAGGCGCGCUAAAUUAACCGCGAGAUUAACAAAGCUGUUGGCGGACUCGAAACGUUAUUCGAGCCCCGACAAGUUCCCGUCUGACCUAAUUUUCUCCACGCAACAGCCUCCCGCCUGCAAUUACCAUUUGCUAAGACGUGUCCUGCCACUCGAUUCCUAUAAUCUCGUCGCGCCAUUAAUGGGCAUGCCGAUUUGGUAUCCAAAGAGAAAAGUGAAGACCGAGGUGCAUUAUAAAAUAGAAGGUGGAGAAAAAGAAGAAGAAGAAGAAGAACAGGAAGAAGAAGAGGAAGAAGAAGCGGAAGGUGUGAUUCCCUUCGACUUGGUGGUGCAUCCUCCGACGACCAAAGAUUCAACGAAACGAGAUGCAGAUCAAAUAGAUCAGGCCCGAUUAAAUCCUUAUGCUCUCUUUUUGAAAAAACCGCUGCGCAAGGUUGUCACCUGGCGUCCUUUGACGGCGGACGACCUCAAAGGUUACGAUCCCGAGGCCACUCUCGAAAUGAAAGCCAAAAAUAUGACGGACAGGAUAUGCCGCGACUUUUGCGAGUGGCUGCGCAAUUUAGGUGGCACCAACAAAGUCAUCGACGAGGAAGUCCUCGGAGAUAUGUUUGAAAUUGACUUUACGGCCGAGGCCAGUAGAACGAUGGAGAUGUCGAUAAAGGAAAUGCCAAUGGUACCCAACGGAGUCGCCGCAGCGAGACAAUGUCCUGAUGCAGGCGAGCUUGCCAUGACCAGGAAGCACCUGAUUAGAGAUGCUAAAGCUGAGAGUAAGCCGGCCAAAACAAUGGCGUUUGGCACCGCGAUACCCUGGAAGCUUCAAUUUGUACCGCCCGGAAAUCGGGUGAGAGAGAGAUGGCUGCGCUGCGAAAACGUGAUGCCGGAUCUAGAGACGAUGGAUGUGGUCUGGGAGGGCAUAACGCAUCUGGAGAGCGUCAAAGCUUUCGCGAAAUGGUUCGGCGAACAUUCGAAUAUUUCGUUACCGGAUAUACUAUUGAGGGCGAUAAGCACCGAUCUCGCGAAACACAACAACACUCAUAUGCAACCGGAAAUAGACGUCGAACAAAUCGAUAGUUUGAAAGUUCGCGGCGCCCAACAGAAUCGCUUAAUGGCGUAAUCGAUGAUCGAGGAGGA